AUGGUUUCUUCAUUAAAACUCCCCAUACGCUUCUUCAACGGUGCGCGCGUGGCGCCAUCAGAUGAAGGAGCUUGCAAAGCUGGUCACGCUACCCCGCCAAAGAUGCUACGCUCUAACCCUGGGACGUUGAUGCAGAAGACGUAUGAUGAGUGCUACUUGAUGUGCUCAACUGCGGUAUAUUUCGAGGGACAGAAUAAUGAGCAGGAAGCUCUUCGAUCGUGGCGGAAUUCCCUUGACACUAUAUACCGCUACAAUGCAUCGUUAUCAUCCGCCUAUACCCCACAGAACGAAACCGAACGGUCACUACAGCGUUCUAUUCGGGGGUUAGAGAUUCAGUCUAAGGAACGGAUUGAUCUACUCGAAGCUCUUCGCGAAAGCCGCAAAACAGCUGAGCUAGAGACCGUAUCAACUUUGGGUGGCAAACCCGAGCUGGAAGGAAACUCUGCAAGUACAGAGCCGAACGGAAGCGUAGCUGCCUCUCCUAGAUGGAUUGGAAACGGCACGAUUCCACCACUGAGCUACCCGGAUCUUCCUCGUCCAUCUCUACCGCCUAGACCCCAAAUCAACGAAUCGAGCAGGGGCACAAGUGCAACUUCCCUCCCAGCUUCUUCAAGGGUUUCCAGCUUGGAAAAGCGAAGAUUACUGCCAACUCUUAGAGGCGUUAAAGAUAAGAAGUCCUUGUCAGAGAUGAAGAACCCUCCUUCCCGUCAAGGCGGUGGCCCGGCUGCUUCACAGGCGGCUGGUUUAGCAUGGGAUUCUGUGUCUCCUCGGCCUCUAGGUCUCCCCGUGUCACAGUUAUCUCCUGGAGGAGAGCUUGCCACUCGACAAUCGGUGGAUGUAGGCCCAAGACCUGAGAUGCCAGCAAAGAAGGAGAGCUCGACAUCGAACUUUGCUGCUGACGCCGCAGCAGCCGUUACUCGUCGGUCCACAGAGCUAGAACACCCAUCUGAGGCGACCCAUCCUUCCACACCACCCCCUCGCCAUCCUGACACGAAAGAUCUAUCUCCAGCAAAGACUUGUGGCUCGAAACCUGGUGCCCCCGCUUCUGCAUAUCCUGCCUAUCGAAAAGACUUUCCAGAAUCUAGAAACUUAUCGACAGCAGCGUCUACUACUAUCCAUCGCAACAAAGCCCGCUCUACAUCGAUACUUCAUGGCCUAGACGAAAACUCCAAAGAUUCUAGCACGUCGCGUGCAACGCCACCAUCUAGAACGAAAGCUAUUCCCAAGAAAAGUGAUAGAGCACAUCGGUCUAAUGCAGUAGAGAAUGGCGAGAGGCCUGCGAAACCGAGUCCUACAAAAGAUUCACCUACCCUUUCGCGAAAAAACGCACCUCAUCAUUCAUCAAGACACGAGCGAUCCGGAUACGGAUCUGACGAUGGGGAUGUUUUUGAUGAGGAUAUGGUACUGGAUAAGGAAUUGCUGAACAUCCUGGAUAAGCUACCAAAGAGUGUAAACCGCGCAGCUGCUCGUCAGAUUCUGAAUGAAAUUAUUGUCCGGGGCGAUGAGGUGCAUUGGGACGAUAUAGCUGGCUUAGAGGCGGCAAAGAAAGCGUUAAAAGAGGCGGUUGUGUACCCGUUCCUUCGACCGGAUCUAUUUAUGGGUCUGCGUGAACCGGCAAGGGGAAUGCUACUUUUUGGUCCUCCUGGAACUGGAAAAACCAUGCUUGCAAGGGCUGUGGCGACCGAAUCAAAGUCAACGUUCUUUUCCAUAUCUGCAACAAGCUUGACGUCAAAGUGGCACGGAGAGAGCGAGAAAUUGGUGCGGGCCCUCUUUGCUUUGGCCAAGGCUAUGGCACCGUCUAUAAUUUUUGUUGACGAGAUUGACUCAUUGCUUUCGUCCCGCGUGACGGGAGAACACGAUGCCACUCGCCGCUCAAAAACGCAGUUUCUCGUCGAAUGGUCUGAUUUGCAACGCGCAGCCGCUGGGCGAGAGCAGUCAAGUAAAGAGAAAGCUGAAGGCGAUGCUACAAGAGUUUUGGUGCUUGGUGCGACGAAUAUGCCGUGGGAUAUUGAUGAUGCUGCGCGACGGAGAUUUGUUCGCAGACAGUAUAUUCCUUUACCUGAAGCUGAAGUAAGGAAGUUGCAGCUACAAAAACUUCUCAGCCAUCAAUCGCACGACCUCUCAGAGGAAGAUAUGGAAACACUCGUCAAGGUAACGGAGGGCUUCUCUGGCUCCGAUAUCACAUCUCUAGCUAAAGAUGCUGCUAUGGGACCGCUCCGAAAUCUAGGAGAAGCUCUUUUGAGCACACCCAUGGAUGAGAUUUGCCCAAUUCAAUUCAAAGACUUCAAAUCAUCCCUGUGCUCUAUUAGGUCUAGUAUUAGUCGUGAGCGGUUGAAAGAGUACGAUAAAUGGGCACAGGAGUUCGGCGAGAGAGGAGCAUAG